AUGUUCCGCGCUUUGGCCAGGGCAUUUGCCUUUCUCUGUAAGAAGAAGACUUCUUCUGAGAGAGAGAAUACAGAACGUCAGAAGCUCUUGGAAGAUGAGAGCAAGUUAACAACUGUGCAGGGAUUUGUGACAAAGCUCUGUGGUGAUCAUGGCUUCAUUGAUGACUUGAUCUACUUCAGUAAUGAUGUUGUGGUUGGCAAUAUACUUCCACAAGUUGGACAGAAAGUUAUGGCAAUUGUAGAAGAAGAAAAAACAUCUCUGGAGAUGAAAGCAAUCGAAGUAAACAUUGUUCCUGAUGAUUGUCAUAGUGAGGAACUCAACUAUUCUGGAGUUUCAUCUGUCUCUCUUAGCUCUCUAAGUGAAAGUGCUGACUAUUUUAGUGAUCCGGGUUUCUUUACACUAGACAUUGUUUGUGAAGGUUUUGAGCCAUAUCAGGGUGACCAAGUAGAAGUGGAGUUUUACAUCCAUCCAGAGACACAGACUAGGAAGGCCCUCUCUGUCAGGCCUCUGAGACAUAAGCAUGUGUAUGAGGUCCGCAUUACUAAUCUACAGGGAAGAAGUGGGGUUAUUGAUGAUAGUAUCUUUUUCACCUUGGAUUCUCUGAAACUUCCUGAUGGUUAUGUACCUCAAGUAUUUGACAUCGUCGAUGCAGUUGCAGUGGAAACUAUUCAGCCUUACUAUGUUUGGAGAGCAAUUUCUAUGUCUCUAGUAAAAAGACCGCAGUAA